AUGCUUCGAGGCAGGUCCAAAGAGGCCAAAGACCGAAUUCGCAAAGUGACUCCACCCGGGCCUGUUUACAUGUCGAAUGAUCAAUUUGCUGAUUAUCUCGCCAACUUAAGAAAUACCCGCGUUGCACGACCAAGCGGCGCAAGACCACAACCAGCCAGUACCCGUCGUGACUCGGAGAAAGUAGCACCCACGAAAACACAGAGACCCGAUUCUCCAGAGAGAUCUUCUACAGAAUAUGCUCCCCGAUCUGCGAGUUCCAUGUCCCACAGACGAGCACAAUCAGCAUUUUCAAAUUACUCCUCCAUGACUUCAAGAACUGGCCGACAACUCGUUCAACAACCAGACGUAUCCAGACCCCUCAAGCCCUCAGAAGUGGUUCCGACUGCUACAUACAUUGAACGAGGACAAAGAUGGAUGGAGAAGGAAGAGGCUGUAUCACUUCGAGAGGCUAUGGAGGAUAUGCCUCUGAGCAAGGAGGAAGAGGAAGAAGCAAGAAUUCAUAACGCUGCACAGAACGAAGCAUCAGAACUGGUUUAUCAACAUCAAAAUCCACAAGCUGCUAUUCAUCCAGAAGCCCCAUAUCGAUACAAUGAUCAUCUCAGAAAAAAUAGCUACCAACAUGCCCGAACACAAUCCGUUGGUCGCUAUGGAGGCAUGGGUAUGGUUACGGGGUUAGCCAGGGAUAUUACUCCUCGCUCGGUAUCUGGCGGUUCAAGUAGCAGCGGGGGCAUACCUAUAAGUCGCGUCUCAAGCCGGUCUUCUACUGAGUCUGGGUCCGGAGGCUACACCAAUACGGAGAUCAGAGUCAGACAUUCAUUGGACCAACCUCGGGCCAAUACAGUCCCGAAUCCAAAUCAGAAGUCUUAUGGCAGCGUUUCAAAUGGCAGCAAACCACACGGUAGCUCACGAAGACGAAUCAGCACCAAGAGAAAUAUAAGUGGUGAGGUGGUCGGUAGCUUUUCUGGUGAGCAAAUUUGGGAGGAGCCUGAAGAUAUCACUCGAGGACGAGCCCAGAAAGAUGAAGUUACCCCAGCUCCUUUACACAUCAAACCUCGUAACCCCCUCAAUCGCGUGCAGUUUGUCCAGGAUCUUGGACUUCGCUCAAGCAGCACCCCCCCAGAACAAACCAAGAAGCUGUCUAGGACCGAGAUAUAUCGAAAUCCGCCAACUCAAUCCAGAAACCCGCUCUAUACGGCUAAUCCUAUUCCUGAAAUCAAAGCUCCUGAGCCAAAACCCGCUCAAGAUGAGGAGCCAGCCUCAGGAACACCAACUAAAGAUGGGCUUGAAAUAAGAAGCGAUGACAUUCGUCAAGCAACCAGCAUGCGGUUGAAAGAUCGAAGUCCUAAACUACCGACGCCCACGAUUGUCAGUGACAAGCCUGGCCGUCCGAUCGUAAGCUUUGAUAAGAAUUGGAAGCCGAAAGAGGCUGAUGACAAGCCAGAAGUGCGAAGAAGAACACCGUUCGACCGAGAUCGCGGUACCUUCGGUAGUCAAAGGCAGAGCCUACCUACUCGUUCAGAUUCGAAAGAUGUCUCAUCCCCUAGCCCUUCACCUAACCCUGUUCCAUCGAUCCUCCAAGUGAAGGCUCCACCAGCCAGAUCAGUCCCUACUAUAAAUCUUCCAGGUUCUCAACCAUCCGUUCCGAUCAUCAACCUCCAAAAUUUUAGGCCUGUUGUUCCUACUAUCAACCUACCAGUUUCUACGCCGUCUGUCCCUACUAUCAACCUACCAGAUUCUAUGCCGUCUGUCCCUACUAUCAACCUACCAGAUUCUACGCCGUCUGUCCCUACAAUAAACUUUCCCGACGCUCCUGAGAUUUCUGUCUCGGCGCCUGAAGUUCCAACUAUCAACGUUUCAACAUCUACAUCAACUACACCAAAAUCAAAUGGUCAGAGACCUCUUCCGGACCCGAAAACUGCUUCGAGUAGACCCAAACCUCGGAAUUAUGGAGCAGUGCCAACUCCUAGAGGCCAUUGGUCGCCUGCUGCAGCUGGAAAUAGAGCAACUGCGACCUGUCAUCAGUGUCAACUACCUAUCGAAGGACGAGUUCUAAACCUGCGGGGAAACUCGCAACAUUUCCAUCCUCAGUGCUUUAUCUGUUUCACUUGUGGGACAGGACUAGAGUCACUGGAAAUUCGAUGCGAACCAGAUGCUCAUCGCGGUGAACGCAUUGACAGAAUAAAGCGCAGAGCUCAGGGUGAAAACCUCCCAGAAAUCGAGGGCCAGACUUUUGCUGAGGAUGGAGAUGAGCGAAUGCGCUUCUACUGUCAUCUUGACUGGCAUGAGAAUUUUGCUCCCAAAUGCAAGCACUGCAAAACUCCCAUCAUCGGAGAGUGUACUGUUGCACUAGGCGAGCACUGGCACUACGGCCAUUUCUUUUGCGCCGAAUGUGGUGACCCUUUUGAGAAGGGUCAGACUCACAUUGAGAAGGAUGGCUAUGCUUGGUGCUUGAAUUGCCAGACGAAACGCACUGAGAGGCAAGCUCCCAAGUGCAAGAAGUGCAAACAACCUGUCAUCGGACAAUACAUUCAAGCUAUGGGUGGCGAAUGGCAUGAUAAAUGUUUCCGUUGUCAUGAAUGCCAUACCGGAUUUUCUGACGGAUCGUUCUACCCCCGAGAUGUUGGAGGUGAAAUGCAUGUUUUGUGUAUUGGGUGUUUGGAGAUGAAGCUGAAGGCUUGA